AUGACUACCACUCUAUCUGCCCUUUCCACCACUCUCGACCAGAUGGCUAGCUUGACACCCUCUGAGCUGCAAGCCGCAUUGGACGCAUACGCACUUACUCCGGGCCAGGAACAAGUACUGCGUGAGCUCCUGAGCCGUUUCGUCGGUUCUGUAACCUCACCUGAAUCCUCUCCUCCCAGCCAGCUACCAUCAGUGUCGAACAACCCCUGGAAGGUCUUUCGCCGUAUCGAAGCACUCAACAUCCCAGAUCACUUCCAGAGCAUCCUCAACCUGGGUUCUGCAUCUUUCGUCAACUCGUACGAUGAUGCUGUCAUUCACGAUAACUUGAUGCCUGCUACCCGUCGCGCCCAGCAGCAAAGCGUGCAGCGAUUGCGUGAACUCUUCACCGCACUGGCACUGUAUGACAUAGCCAGAUCUCGCUUUGCACGCUUCUCGGGGAACAGGUUGUCGGACCGCAUGAAGGACGAGCUGAAUUCGCUACUCCGUGGAUGCGAUGCUUCUCAACAGUACAAAGUGGGCAAGAAUCUGGACCACAUCUGCAAGAUUUUCGGUCCGGGUUGCGUCUUCUACUUGGACGGCUGUCUAUCCAAUGAUUUCUUGUGCAAGAAGUUCACUAGCAGUGGACAGUAUCACGACGGUGCCGUCGAGCAUCUCAGUGCACUGGGCUUGAAACAGUUGGCUGAGGAGAGCCGUGCUAACGAAUUCGCUAGACACGCCAGGUGUCUGUCAGUGUCCUACCUCGAGCUGAGGACAAGCCAGAUGUGA